AUGGAUUACCGCGGGUAUACGCGAUCUGAGACCAUUGCCUUGGUGGCUAAGGACACGGAGUGGCCAUAUCACGUUCACAAAGACCUUCUCAAGAGCCGCUCGCGCCACUUCAGGGACUUGUUCGAAUCAGACUCUCAACCGAAAGAAAUUGUGCUCGAGGACAUCAAAGAUCGCCUUCUUGGAUUGUUUGUCCACUGGCUGUAUACUGGCAGCUUGCGUUUUCGUUUCACUAGUGACUACCACGCCCUUGUGGAAGCCCACGCAUUUGGUAGCAAGAUCCAAGCUGAUGACUUCUGUAACGCCCUCAUGAACGAUCUCAGGCAAGUCCCACUCUGGAAUGACGGAUUUCGGCUGGGCUACUACUCUGCAAGGAACUUGCUGCACGGCCAGCUCGAACAGUAUGCGACUCGGCAAGCCGUCCAUCAUUGCGCCUUGGCGUACGAGAAGUGCACAUGCCACGAUCUGGUAGACAUUGGGCCUAAGCUGGACGAGGAAGAAACCCAAGCAAUUCAUAAGACCCCAGUCGGAAAUGUGGACGGAUCUGUGGACCACAGCAACGAUGGAUUCGACCAUGGCGAUGAGGCUGACAGUCAGGAGGCGAGCGAAACGUUAAGUGAAGAAGAGUCCAAGGAAUGCUGGCACACUCGAUAUCGGCGCCACUGGCAGUCUAAGCUGGAGGAAUGGCGCGCUUACCCAGAUCUACUCACCAACUUCUCAAAGCUGCUCUGCGAGUCCAAGCUUCCUAGCUGGCAAGACCCAGACGCGUAUGACGACUGCUUCUAUCAUAUCCAUUCCCAUGGCAGGAAGUGCCCACCUAAAAAGCCCAAGAGCUAUGGCGCUGCUAGGUCAGAAACUAGUCGCUCGAGCACAAGAGAUACGAAGUUCUUCGACGCCAUCGAUAGAUGGCAGGCCCAGUUGCCACAGAGUCCGUCGCAUUUCAAGAGCAGCGAAGAACCGUCCCCUAGGCGACAUGCAUUUUAA